AUGGAUGGUGAACUACAGGCUCUAAGAGAAGCAAGAUUGGCGGAAUUGAAAAGGUCUCAAGGUCAAAGUCCUGAUGCUGGCAGUAAUGGCAACACUCACAACAACAAUAAUGGUAAUGCUAAUCGUAACGAACCAAUAGGUGCCGCUAUAGCAAGAUUCCUGGAACCUGAAGCCUUCGAAAGACUCACCAGGGUUUCCUUAGUGAGACCUGAUAGAGCCAUGGCUGUCGAACAAUAUCUGAAACAAAUAAUAGCAAGUGGACAAGUUCAACAUAAAGUUAACGAAUCUGAAAUUGUUCAGAUUUUGAAUGGGAUAGCAAAGGAGGAAAAUAAAAAAAAUGAUACCAAGAUCAUUUUCAAUAGAAGGGAGGUUGAUAUUGACACAGGUUUAGCAGGUGCAAAGAAAAAUAAUGAUGAUGAUGAAGACGACGAUGAUGAAGAUGACUUCUUUGAUUAA